GAUUGAGACGGUUUCCAAACAGCUACAACGAAGAUCUACAAGUAUAUAAGCAGUUAUGUGUGAUGCGUGGGUAAAUAAUCGAAAAACAUGAGACACGUCUGCUCAUUUCGUCUGUAGAUAAACCCUGCCUGUUGAAUAUUGAACAAUGUGUCACGUUAAGUCCCUGUUUCUAAGUCUAAUUUGCCUGCUGAUUAACAAUAAAAGUGGCUCUUCGGCUAGUCAUUUUGUCGAUAAUGACGCCUGCUAUUCAUAUGCCGGGGGGUCGGUUUAUCCAGCCGGUAAUAAACAUGCUGGGCAUCAAUUGCAUACCACAAAGGCAGUCAUUGGAAAACCUGCCCCACACUGGGAAGCAACAGCUGUGAUCAAUGGGGAAUUCAAGGAGAUCAAAUUGAGUGAUUACCAAGGAAAAUACGUUGUCUUCUUCUUCUACCCUUUGGACUUCACUUUUGUAUGUCCAACGGAGAUUCUGGCAUUCUCAGAUAGAGUUGAAGAGUUCAAGAAAUUGAAUGCAGAGGUGAUCGCAGCUUCUGUGGACUCUCAGUUUACACAUUUGGCCUGGAUGAAUACUCCGAGGAAAGAAGGAGGACUGGAUAAAAUAAAAAUUCCUCUUCUCUCUGAUUUAACGCACAAAAUAUCGAAAGAUUAUGGAGUUUAUCUGGAAGAUCUGGGGCACACGCUGAGAGCUCUAUUUAUAAUCGAUGGCAAGGGAAACCUACGCCAGAUAACAAUGAAUGAUCUGCCAGUGGGCCGAUCAGUGGACGAAACCCUUCGUCUGGUUCAAGCCUUCCAGUAUACCGAUGAACAUGGAGAGGUCUGCCCAGCUGGAUGGAAACCCGGCCAAGACACAAUAAUUCCAAAUCCAGUGGACAAGAAGAAGUUCUUUGCCAAAACGAACUAGGUGCUGAUAUUUUUACAUCCGUCACUUGUAUCCCAGUGUUUUAUACAUUAAAUGAAAUUUAUAAAAAGUCUUCCAGUCUA